AUGCUCAAACCGUCCGAUCUACCUUCGAAUAAUCCUAGUGCCGAAACAGAAUUGCGAAAAAUAACAGAAGAAUGGCAAAACCGCAUGAAAUCAAUGUUUGAAAGAUAUGGAAUUCCUGGUUCGGAACCAUUCCUAGACAUAGCAUUCAAGGGACAGAGGAAACUACUAGAACGUGAUCAGAAUAACUAUGCCAAGUCAUUGUGUUCUCUCGAAAAGCACACGGAGAAGUAUUUACAAAAACUGCAGAGGCGCAAAUCCGUUAGACAGCAUCCUCCAGUAUCUCGAAUUGUCAGCGAUACCACCAACGAACCCUUGAUAAAGCUGAUGAAUACGAAUGAAAAUAAGAUCCCUCUUACGAAGCGUAGCGAGAAGGUUGAAGACGUACUUUCGUGUCUCGAUUUACACGAACAUUUCCUCACUCUUAAAGGAAUCGUCAAUCAGCUCAGGAAGUUUGAAGACUUUGCGUCUCAGUUGCCUGAGCGCGAGUACGAGGAGUACAUGCUCAAAGCAAAAGAAGCCGUCGAAAAGAGAAUUCGUAAAAUCUGA